UCUAAUUAGCGUUUUGAUUAAAGGCCAAGUAACAAUAUGCAAUAGGCGAUCUACGGUCGGUUUAGCUUUAAACAAAGAGACUUGUACAAAUUGCUUAGAACAUGAGGCCGGUCGAUGGAGUUGAUCUUGUCUCCAUUCGUAUUCAUGGAAAGCUUGCUGGCUUGAUUCCAAAUGUUUCGGAGUGUUGUAUAUUUAAAGUGCAUACCCAGUUACGCAAGGUAAAUGAGAAGGCAUACGAUCCUGUAAUGGUCGCCAUCGGUCCUUACCACCGUGGCAAGGACGACUUAAGGCUUAUGGAAGAUCACAAAUUGCGCUAUUUACAAUUACUACUUCAAAGGAGAAACGAAAGUAGUGUAGAAACAUACAUUAAGGCCAUUAGAGAAUUGGAAGGAAGAGCUCGUAGAUACUAUGCAGAACCCAUUAGCCUAACCACUGAUGAGUUCGUAGAAAUGAUGCUUCUUGAUGGGUGUUUCAUCAUCGAGCUGUUUCGCAAGUUCGCAAGGACAGAUCUAAGAGGUGAUCAAUGUGAUCCAAUCUUCCGAUUGGACUGGAUGUUCUUUAACUUAAAGCGUGAUCUACUAUUAUUCGAAAACCAAAUUCCGUUCUUUCUUCUCACUAAAUUGUUGGAGAUGACUGAGGUUCCUAACCACCAGGACAACCUUAUUGAUCUAGCUGUGCUUUUCUUCCAAGUCUCAUUAUUACCAUUUGGAUACCAUAUAUCUGCAUCAAGUCAUGAAUCUUUCAUAGACAUCGAGCAUCUACUUGCUUUGUUAUAUAAAUCUGUUACUCCACCAUCUGUAAAAAUUGAAGAUACUAAAGAAAAGUUGAAUUCAAUACCUAGUGCCACAAAACUUCAAGAGGCUGGAGUCAAAUUCAAGAAGCUAGAGAAUGGUAGCUUCUUUGACAUAAAGUUUAACAAUGGGGUAUUGGAAAUUCCGUUUUUUAAUAUUGAUGAUGGAUUAGAAUCUAUCUUUCGAAAUCUAAUUGCAUAUGAGCAAUACAGUCAAAAUAAUGAUCUCAAUUACGUCACAAACUAUGUGAGCUUCAUGCAUGAUCUAACCAACUCUCCAAAGGAUGUUGAAUUACUUCGUCAACGAGGAAUUAUUGAAAAUUGGUUGAGUGAUGAUGGAGCUGUCUCCACCAUGUUUAACAACCUUGGUGAGAAUGUCAUUCUAUCCAGCUUCUGUUAUGCUAAAAUUUUCAGAGAUGUGAACAAGCAUUGUCAGAGACGUAAGAAUGUAUGGAUGGCAAACUUGAGGCACAAGUAUUUCAACGGUCCUUGGGCUUUAAUUUUAUUUCUUGCAGCUGUCUUUUUGCUCUUGCUUGCUUUAAUGCAAACCAUAUUUACCGUUAACGGAAAAUAAGUAACAAGUACCUGAUCAUUUUGUUCCCUUAUUUCAUAUAACAUAAUUUCUGAAUAAUGUUUUUGUUUUCCAAAAUGAGUUAAAUGGCUCCUCAGGAAAUCUUGCUGCCAAGCUAGAAUCUUGAUCUUUGUUGAAUUCAAAUGUCUAUUGUCAUGGGAACCCCCUUAAUUAGAGGUUGUUUAUGAGUUUGUAAUAAUGCUUGUUCUAGGCAUCAAUAAUAUUGGAAUCG